AUGUCGUUGAUAUCCAUAAGAAAUCUCAAGUUUCAUUUGGAGUUGGAACAAAGGGCGGGCCGUGCGAGAAAACUCCUCAAACGUCGCUUGAGGGUUUGGGACGUUGGUCACAAAUUUAAUUGUGUGGCCAAAGCAGAUAUAGAUCAGUACAGUGAUGAAACGCUCAUGCCGGACAAGCUGUUCAGCUCAAUAGAACUUGAAUAUCGCGGUCACGAUCCGGAAGUGCUGAAGUCUUACACCAAAUUUCUUGAAGCAGUGUGCAUGCAUUUGAACAUCACCCGAGGGCGAUUUGAAGUUUUGCCGUACGUUCGAUGGAUUCAACCAGCACUGCGAUCGAAAUUCGUUCACAAGAAGUACAAAUUACAUUAUGAGACACGAACGCAUAUCACGAAGUUUGAGGUUCGGAAUCUCACCGGAAGCACUGCGAGUACAUUUUUGGAAUAUAUUGAACGUAAUAUUCCCGAAGGCGUUGGUAUGCGAAUUGGAUAUGUGGAAAUACAGCCCUUGCCCCCGACUGUCAAACCCAGUGCCAAAGACACCUAGAAUAAUGUAAAGCUCCAGCUCUGGAGAUUAGGCUCACUAGUGUAGAAUUUGCCAUAUCUUGUUACUGUUUUUCUGUUAUGAAACUCUUUUUUCAUGUCUAUUUUCUAAGCUCAUCUUCCUCCAUAAUUCUAUGUCGGAUGCAAUAUCAUAAAAAAUGUACAUAAACGAAUUUCAGUAAAA